GGCACUGUAACAGAUUAUAAUUACCUCUGUUAAUUACUAUUUGUUUAAGUUUAUAAAAAAUGAAUAGUUUUAAACAUACAAGAUUACAUAAAUAUUUUUUAUAUAGAUAUUUUAAUGGGCAGUCCCAACAGUUUGUUCCCAAACACAAUCCUGUAAAUGAAAGUGAUAUAGAAUUAUUGAAAAACUUUGUAUUUACUUCCCAAAGGCUCUUGGUUUUGACUGGUGCUGGAAUUUCAACAGAAUCAGGUAUUCCAGAUUACAGAUCUGAUGUAGUAGGAUUAUAUGCACGAACAAAUCAUAAACCUAUUCAGCAUCAAGAAUUUAUAAAAUCAAAACAAAUACGCCAAAGAUACUGGGCGAGAAAUUUCGUCGGAUGGUACAGAUUUUCGCAGUGUGAACCAAAUAGUGUGCACUACACUAUUCGAGAUUUAGAAACAGAACACAAAAUAGUCAAUGCAGUCAUAACACAAAAUGUGGAUAGUUUGCACUAUAAAGCGGGAAGUAAAAAUGUUAUUGAACUGCAUGGAUCAGGAUAUAGGGUAAUUUGUCUACAGUGUUCCAAAAUCUACAACAGAUUUUAUAUUCAAGAGAAGUUAUUAGAGAAAAAUAAUUUAGAUUUCAACGAAAGUACAAAGAUGAUAAGGCCAGAUGGAGAUGUAGAAAUACCAGAAGACAUCAUAAAAAAAUUUCACCCCCCUAUAUGUGAAGCUUGUUCUGGUGUUUUAAAACCAGAAAUAACUUUCUUCGGUGAUAAUGUUCCAAAGGAAAGAGUAGAAAAUGUGAGAGACCAAGUUUCUAAUUGUGAUAGUUUGUUAAUUUUAGGUUCUAGUCUUUCUGUAUUCUCAGGUUAUAGGAUAGUUUUACAAGCUUUAGAAGAAAAUAAAAAUAUACUUAUAAUAAAUAUUGGACCUACAAGGGCAGAUAAACAUGCAGUCUUAAAAAUUGAAGCAAAAUGUGGUGAUAUUUUACCAAAAAUAUGUUAAAAGUAACUGUUAUUUUGUGUUUUCUAGUAAUUAUUAUGAUUAAAAUAUUUUCAUGAAAAAAUCGACUAUAGAAUAAAUGGAAUUAGUAUGUCAAUGAAGUGGUAAAAAAGUAUGAUUUGUGAAAAUUCUAAAAAUAAUAAAAAGUUAAUACCUUGAU